UGUCUGCGUUCCAGCGGUGCUUCCUGAUUGGAUAACAGCUGCCCAGGAGGUGUAAAGGAGCGCUCUGAUUGGCUGGAAGGCGGGGGAAGGGGGCGUGGCCGCGUCUGUCAAGAUUGCUGAAAAGCUGGCGCUGCGACGUGCAGGUAACAGGCACGAGCGACACAAACACAAAACAUCCAUCUAAAGGCGAAAAAUAGGAUUAGAAUGGAAACCAGAGCUGCGGUUUAAGGAUUUAGGGGUUCGUGGGAAACCGAAAACGGAGCGGUUGGAGUGGGUUUUGAGAAGAAGCAACACCUAAAGCGUCUUGGAAGAAAGUGCCGUUGUGUCAACCAUCGCUGCUUUUGUACAGCAGCAACUUGGACAGCUGCGUGUUUUCAAGGCAUCAACAAAGAAUGAAGGCAAUCAAACGAGUUCUUGAAGAGCAAGGGCACUCCUCUGCUGUGUCGGACAGCGAUGACUGCUCCCCACUCGACCUGUCAGGAGGAGGGCUCCCGGGGAAGCGCCGUCGCCGCGGCAACCUGCCCAAGGAGGCAGUGCAGAUUCUGCGAACCUGGCUGUACGAGCACCGCUUCAACGCCUACCCAUCAGAGCAGGAGAAACUCAGCCUGUCAGAACAGACCAACCUCUCUGUGCUGCAGAUCUGUAACUGGUUCAUCAAUGCCCGUCGGCGCCUCCUACCCGACCUGCUGCGCAAAGAUGGCAAAGACCCCACAAAGUUCACCAUCUCCCGUAAAGUUGGCGUUAAAGGCGAAGCCCCCACCACUCCAGAGAGUCAUCCCUCCCCCGGCUCGUCCCUGCAGUUCUCCUCAGUGAUCCACCCCGCCUCUACACUAGACCUCAAGCUUCUGGGAAACACACCGACGGCCAUUCUGACCAGCACCCCCUACCCCAGUAAGGAGAGCUCCAUCCAGGCCCUGAUGCAGCUGGAUACAGAGAGUCUGCUGAGGGAAGCCGAGGAGCAACAAAGGAGCAUGGCCCGCGUUCCCAGCACAACAACGGCAGCUAACCCCACCAAUGGCCUUUUCAACACACCACCCCCGACUCCUCCUGAAGUGUCGCCCUGUGAAGACUUCUCAGCCCUGGAGAUCCUGGUCGAAGUAGCCGUGCAGAGGUUGGAAGAGGAGAGAAGACUCCAGGAGAGUCUCAAGCAAACUGAAAAUGAUGGGGUUCAGAGCGGUGCCGUCAGUAAUGACAUGGGUCCCACACCGCCUCCAGAGGACAGCCAGCAGGUGAUGGACCCGUCCAGGGUGCAGAGUCUGAUGGAGAAGGCUAUGGCUGUCCCAGUGCCAGAUGGAAAUGAGAUGAAAGCUCCAGUGCCUCUGUCCUCAGCUGCCUCCGGACCAGCUCCAGCGUCGGCCUUGGUCUCAGUCCCAAAGGUUUCUCCUCUGCCGGCGAUUAAAGUCAUCUGGACUGACCCAGAGAAGGAUGCUGCGAGACCCUCCACCUCAAACCCACCACAGCUCAUCCCAACCCUCGUGCCAACCUUAGUGUCACAUUCCGAGUCGGCGGCUACCCCUCCAUCGGCUCCAGCCACAAUUUCAUCCCCUCUGUCCGCUCCAGGUCCUCCCAUCGCCACAGUGGCACCGAGGUCAGCCUCAGUCCUCAAUGUGACCAAGAACUCCGCCUCCGUUAUCGUUUCAAACCCGGCUUCACCCACAACCGUCACUCUCAUCCCAGCCACUUCCUCCCCUGUCACAGCCCCAGUAGGAGUCCAGCUCUACCUGCCUUUGCACAAGUCUCCUUUAUUCCCGGUCACAGUCCAGUGUGUACCGUCUGCUGCAUCUGUCUCAGCCCCCACUCCCACCCCAGGUUCUUCCACUCCAGACACAGCCUCAGCCCAGACGUCAACGGCAACAUUCACACCAAGCCUUGCAGGUCACAGUACGCCUCCUCUGGAGCCACUGCCCUCGGUUCUUGACAGCCCCAACAGCACACGCCCCCAGAGGGCAGUAGCACCCUACGCUUGGAACAUGGUUACCAGGCAAAAAAGCUCCGGACAAGUCAAGCCCCCCGUCACCAAAGCAUGGGGCCCGAAACAUAGUCUGCAAAUGAGUGAAACAGUUAACUAGUUUUUUUUUUAAAAUAUAAAUUAUGUAUUUGGAGGCUGGACAACACUGUAUAUAAGUAGAUUGUAUAUUCCACAUCAAUCUCCCAUGAAGCCUGUGCCAGAACGAACCGGGACGAGACGAUAUGACGGAUAUUUUAGAGACAAGCAACUUUUUAAGAAUUGUUUUUAAAAAUCUUCUGAAUGGAAGACUGUGAUGGUAUUUCUCCAAAUGGACAUUCCACAGUAUGAACUGGAUUGUUUGAAGUUUUUGAUGCCAUUUUUCAACACCCCUUCCUGCUACUAACAAUAGUCUCCAUUUUCUAAUCGGUGUCAUUUUCAGCACCAGCACCGUUGGCCUCUUCAGUAGCAUUACUGGACUCUCUUGAAUGUACAAAAGACUGGCUGCCUAUCAACCAUUCCCCUCCAGGAGAAAAUAAUGCAGUUGUGCAAUUCAGAUGUGUUUUUAUUUUAUUACUAUGUUCAAGUAGUAAAUUGUACUUAUACAAUCAGGCAGUAUUUUCAGUGUAUGUGUUGAAAAUAAGCAGUUAUAUCUGCUUUUUUGUUGUGUUGUUUUUAUUUUUGUUUUUUUUUUUUUGGGUGCCCCCUUUUUACUAGUGCAGGGGCUGCAGAUAAAGGAUGAAGGGAUUGAGGUCACUAUGGGUCUUGUUUCAAUUGCAAUGAGAUGUGGUACCUUUUUUUAUUAUAUUUAUUAUCUUCUUAUUCUCCAAAUUUCCCAGCCAAUCAGGGGCCUUAGAAUUCGGUUAAUGUAUUUCAAACCAGAAUGUAUUACAAGUUAAACAUUUAUCAACAUGUAGAGUGUCUUUAGAAGACAGCUGUAGCAUUUUUUUUUUUUUUCCAGAAAGCAUCUGAAUCCAUUUUAUUUUUUCCUUUCCACUCGUGUUUUUAAAAUGGGUUCUUUAGAGUUUAGUUUCAGUCAUAAUCUUGUAGUUUCCAUGAAACUGUCAGCUAAAGCAGUAAACCAGAAUAUGUGGCUAAAUGCCACCUGCACAUCUUUGAUCAGUAGUGUCAGAGGGAGAUUUGGAUUUCAACAUAAAUAAUACUGUAUCCGAAUGGUGAGGGAUUUCUUAAUUACUGUCAUUUUUAACCAGUGUCUUGUUUUGUUUUGGGUUUUUUUGUUUUUUUCCACCGUGGUCAGUUCUGUGCAAGGAUCUGGAGUAGAUAAGAGGAAAUCAUGUUGGGUCAGAUUACUGCUAAAACCCUUCUUCUCUGAUGACUCCACCUGUCUUGCACGAUAUUUUUUUGUUUUAUGUAUUUUUUGUUUUAUAUAUAUUUUUUCUUUUUGUUUCACCUCACUGCCAGCUCAGUGCAUGUCUAGAGGAUCUCUGUUACAGGUACUCACUGAUGUGCUUUUAUACCUCAAUUUCCACAGGUCAUAUCAGGCUUGGGUCACAUAGAAUACUAAGUAUUAAAGUAAUAUUUUAAUUCAUACUACAUCCUGUCACUGUGACGACACCUUAUUGGUUGUGAUACUGGAAAUGACUGGCUAUGACUUAGGCAGGCAUGCUGAUUCUUCAAUCAGAAAUGACAAUGUGAUAAUGCAUGUAAAUAAUUUGAGUCUUAUUUUGUUUUUGUUUUUUUGAUGUACUGGCAUGUUGGUUAUCUCAAACUGUAUGUAUAUAAUUUUUUUUAUCUGCUGCCAAAAACUUUUUUUUUUCUUUUUUCAGAGUUCAUGUUCUGAAUCAUGACUGACCAUUGGUAGUAUGUUUGGAUACUGUGCCUUACAUUUAGACUGAGGAAUCAUGUCCCUUUCUUUGACAAAUUCCCAAUAGUCUGUGCAAUAUAUGCCUUAAACUAAAUGUGUUUUUUGUAUCAGCAUUUCACAAAAAUAAAAAAUCCGUUUUUCAUA